AUGAACCUGAACUUCCCUGUGUGUCACGGAGGAAACGACCACCCAGUAGAGUGGCUCUGCCUCUCGGAGCUUUACUUCAAGUACCUCGAGACUCCAGAGGAGAAGAAAGUGGAGAUUGCGUCCCUUCACUUACAGGGGGAUGCAAUUCCAUGGAUGUCAGGCUUGUACGAGCCCUACCACAGCUUGGAUUCAUGGUCGCAGUUUGUGGUGAAAUUUUUGAAGUUCUUUGGGCCUGGAGAGUGCAUCGAUAUCGAUAUUGCGCUGAGCAACCGGGAUCAGUGA